CACACACGGAGGUCUUGAGUUUUGUUAUUGUCAUACUUAUAAAUAGGAAGUAACCAGAAACCACGUACGUAUACCCAACAACUAGAAAGCAUGAGGACAUCAUCUAAUGAAGGCUUCACCAUACUUCUUUUCUUAUCCUCUUUAUUUUCCGUCUCAUUAGUCUCUGAAGCUGCAGACACCGUAACGACUGUUCAAUUCAUCACAGAAAAUGAGACCAUUGUUUCAGCUGGUGGAGGCUUUGAACUGGGAUUUUUCAGUCCCGGUAGUUCCAAGAAUCGAUACUUGGGGAUAUGGUACAAAAAAAUAACUACUAGGACCGUGGUAUGGCUUGCUAACAGGGAAACUCCAAUCACCGAUGCAUCAGGUGUGUUAAAGGUCGUCGACCCUGGAAUUCUUGUCCUCUUCAACGGAUCUGGCAACAUCGUAUGGUCUUCCAAUACGUCAAGGUCUGUACACAACCCAGUUGCGCAACUUUUGGAGUCUGGAAAUUUUGUUUUGCGAAAUGCAAAUGAUGACAACCCAGAGAAUUUCCUUUGGCAGAGUUUUGAUUAUCCAGGUGACACGCUGUUACCAGGUAUGAAGGUGGGAAAGAACUUCUUAGUUGGGCUAGAUCGCCACUUGUCAUCGUGGAAGAGUGAUGAUGAUCCGGCUCAAGGUGAUUAUACAUUCGGGAUGAAUACUCAUGGAUAUCCCCAAUUGAUUACAGACAAUGUUACUACUGUGAUUUACCGGACUGGGCCAUGGAAUGGUCUUUCAUUUAGUGGGACGCAGAACUUAAAACACAACACCAUUUACGAAUUCAAUUUUGUAUUUAACAGAGAAGAAGUGUAUUAUGGUUACGAGCUUCUCGACCGCUCAGUUGUUUCAAGGGUAGUGUUGCGCCAGAAUGGUAUUCUGAACCGCUGGACAUGGGUUGAUCGGACACAAGGCUGGAUCCUUUACAAUACUUCACCAGCUGAUACCUGUGACAAUUAUGGAUCGUGUGGUGCUUAUGGUAGCUGUGACAUUGGCAACUCCCCUAUGUGCGGGUGUUUGGACAAAUUUGUGCCUAGGUACCCAAAGGAUUGGGAUAUGGGAGAUUGGUCAAAUGGGUGCAUGCGGAGGACACCUUUGGCUUGUCACAAGGGAGAGGGAUUCCUGAAGUAUUCCCGCGUCAAACUUCCAGACACGCAGAAAUCAUGGUUCAAUGAGACCAUGACCCUUGAGGAAUGUGGGAAAAUGUGCUCGGAGAACUGCUCUUGUAUGGCAUAUGCAAAUCUUGACAUACGGGGUAGAGGAACUGGCUGCUUGCUUUGGUUUGGGGAUCUAAUUGAUAUAAGAGAGUUCCGUACAGGUGGGCAAGAUAUCUAUGUGAGGAUGGCGACCUCUGAGUUAGUAUUAUUGGCAAUCAUCUCCGGGCAUAAUAACACAGAUGAAAGCCAGAAGGAAGAUUUGCAGUUGCCAUUGUUGGAGUUGACUACAAUUGAGAAAGCUACUGAUAACUUCUCAAUAAACAAUAAGCUGGGACAGGGCGGAUUUGGCCCUGUUUACAAGGGUAUGCUGGAAGACGGACAAGAAAUAGCUGUAAAGCGGCUGUCUAGAACUUCUAGACAAGGAAUUGAUGAGUUCAAGAAUGAAGUCAUCUGUAUUGCCAAACUUCAGCAUCGAAAUCUUGUAAAGCUUCUAGGGUGCUGCACUCAAGGAGAAGAAAGGAUGUUAAUCUACGAAUUCAUGCCUAACAAAAGCCUGGACUCCUUUAUUUUUGACGAAAGCAGGCAAACAUUUCUGGAUUGGCCAAAGCGUUAUAAAAUUAUCAAUGGGAUUGCUCGUGGGCUUCUCUAUCUUCAUCAAGAUUCCAGACUCAGAAUCAUUCAUAGAGAUCUCAAAGCAAGCAAUAUUUUGCUAGAUAUUGAAAUGAACCCAAAAAUAUCAGACUUUGGCAUGGCUAGAAUUUUUGGAGGAAAUGAGAUAGAAGGAAAUACAGCGAGAGUUGUUGGAACAUAUGGUUACAUGUCUCCAGAAUACGCGGUAGAUGGGUUUUUCUCUGUAAAGUCAGAUGUUUUCAGUUUUGGUGUUCUUAUGUUGGAGAUAGUGAGUGGGAAGAGAAACAGAGGUUUCUUCCAUCCAGAUCACUAUCUCAACCUCCUUGGACAUGCAUGGACACUACAUAAAGAAGAUAGGUCAAUUGAACUGAUAGAUCCGACUUCAAAGGAAUCAUGCUGUCCACCAGAGGUGUUGCGAUCCAUCCAUGUUGGUCUAUUAUGCGUGCAACAAUACCCUGAAGACAGGCCAAGUAUGUCGUCUGUGGUUCUGAUGUUAGGAAGUGAAGGUUCGUUGCCAUGGCCCAAACAGCCUGGAUUUUUCACCGAAAGGAAUCUUUUUGAAGCCGAUACUUCAUCUAGCAAGAAUGCACCAAGUUCAACUUCAACCAAUGAUCUGACCAUCACCGUACUGGAGCCUCGAUAAUGUAACUAUGUGAAACAUUUUUGGCAGUUUGCGUUUCUUCAAACGUAAACCAUUUUUGCAGUGUUGUGAUUCUUGUGAAGCAGGAUCAGUAUAGGGAAUGUUGAGGAAAGUGGAAUUUGUAUACCUGUACUUGUGAAGGAGAGGGAGACAGAAAUGUCAAGGGGUUGCGCGAUGCUUGAUGAGCUGUUGCCGUUUUGGUCACAAAGAGGUAGAAAGUAGUUAGAGAGAGGGAGAAAGAGUGCAUAUGAGCAUUUAGUGUCAUAUUAUGGAAAUUGUUUGGCAGUUUGGAAAGUAUAGGCUAUGGGGGAAGACUACACGGGUACACUUGAUCGAAGUCAGCUCUGUUCCACGUAUGGGAGUCCAGCCCAAGAAGGAUCUUUCAAUAACAUUACAGACAUUGCGCCCUAUGGGUUGUGGGCUUCCAAGGGAGAAUACCUCAAGCUUCUGUCAUUCAUGUAGAACUAUGAAUUGAUGUUCCUCACUGUUGCUUCCUUGUAUCCGGAUCAAAUAAAUCCUUGAACUGUCAACAAGAUCUUUGUGCCAAUGGGUGUGUCCAUUGUUGGACUAUAUAUAUCUCUACAACCUUGUGUUCAGAAGUCUAGAGAACCUUUACAGUUUCAGUCAAAAGUCAUUUAAUCAAUUUGUUAA